AUGAGCUUCGUACAGAUGGUGAAGGAGGCGUUCAAGGAGCGGCACCCGGACAAGUACCACCUCUUCCUCCGCGUCAUGGACGACUUCAGGAACCAGCGGGUCGGCAUCGCCGAGGUGGCGUCCACCGCCAAGGCCCUGUUCCAGGACAGCCCUGACCUGGCGCUGGGAUUCAACGUCUUCCUGCCCAAGGGCCACAGGAUCCAGGUCGGCCUUGAUGAGCUCGCCGCCUGUUUCAUCAGGGACAUGAACCUGGACGACGACGACGACGGCCACUGA